AACACUUAAAAUGAGUAUAAAAACAUUGAAAUUUCAUGUUUUCAAUCAGUAUUAACCAAAACACAAAAUGGCGACGUUGAAAACCUUGAUUUUAUUGUGCUGCGUUGUAGUUUUUUGUUCUGCACAAGAUGCAGGAUUAAAUAAAGCUGGGGCAAGAAUUUGGGGUGGAUUUGAAGCGGAUCCUGGUCAAUUCAAAUGGCAGGUAGGCAUAGGUCACAGAAACGAUGAUGGAACCUACGGGAACUUCUAUGGCGGUGCCCUGAUUUCAAAACAAUGGGUUUUGUCUGAUUCAUAUGCAGUUGAAUUUGUUGAUAAAGAAAAGAUUGAUGUAAUCCUGGGCGCUACUCAAAUCCACGGUGAACAAAAUGGCCGCAUAAUCACGAAAAUUGAUAAGAUUGUCUACAAUCAUCCAAAAAUGCUAAGUUUAAUCAAACUGGUUGCACCAGUGGAGUUUAACGAUUAUAUCGGUGCGAUUAGACUACCGAAAGCUACUGAUGACCUUGAGGAAGGCGCCAUUGUGUGGGCUAGUGGAUGGGGUUAUGUAAAUGACAGUAAUAUUCGACAUAAUGAGCUUAAGUAUGUUGACUUAACUGUCACUGCGAGGGAUGCAUGCAAGCAAUCAGGGCAUAUACUUGAGGAUUAUUAUGUUUGUACGGAUGGUAGUGAAGAUAAGUGCGCGUGGUAUGGUGGUGAUAUGGGUGGGGCACUUGUGCAGUAUAUUAAUGAUGAUUGGACACAUGUAGGUGUUAUCAAUUAUGUGAUUGAUAAUGGAUGUCAUGCUGGUGAGCCUACAGCUAACAUUCGCACUUCUUCCAUUUUGGAGUUUAUUUAUACUCAUACCGGUCCUAUUUCGACGAUUGUUUAAAUAAUUAUCAAUUUUGUUUGUUUUAUGGCGUGAAAUAAAAUAAAGUAUUGAUUAAUGAUUAUAAUAAAAAAAAA